ACGCUAAUGUCAAAAAAUUGUCAACUAGCAAACCAUUAUUUCGUGUGUUGUUUUCACAUUUUUACAAAAAUUUCUCAAAUUAUUUUCAAAAUGAGUUCUGGAUUCAUUUCCGAAACAGAAAUAUUAGAAGCGAGGCGUCGUCGCCAAGAAGAAUGGGACAAAGUUCGCACCGAAGAUCAACCGAAAGAGGCACCAGAGGAACCAUAUGAUACCCGGCCGCUGUACCAGCGCCUCGAGGAGCAGAGAUUGAAGAAGGAGGCCGAAUAUGAAGAGGCUCAUAAACUCAAGAACAUGAUCAGAGGUCUAGAUGACGACGAAGUCGGCUUCCUGGACCUGGUAGAGAGGACUAAAGCUAAAGCGGCGCAGCAGAUAUCAAUUGAGGAGCAGAAGGAGAUGCAGGAAUUCAGAGAGCGGGUGUCGAGCCUUGCUGAAAGUGAAGAGAUGCUGAGACUCCGCGCACAGCUGGCGCCCGCCCGUACCGCGCCGCCGCCGCCGCACACGCAGAAGAACAAACUACAGGGGGUGAUAGUCCGUAAGAGGAAGGCAAGUGAUACGGAUAGUGAUAAACAGGAGAAGGGUCCAACACCAGCCAAAACUAAUGGCGUGAUCAGUACGUUGUCAGUGGAGGCGCCGGCAGAGGGCGCCCUGCGCUGCGUGGGCGUGCUGCCCGGGCUCGGCCACUACGACACCGAAACCUCGAGCGACAGCGACGACUCCAGCGACCCGGAUUUGGGUGAUAAAUGCUGCGUCAAACGUGAUUUGCUUGGUCGGCGGCCGGAGCAAACUGGCGACAAGGCGAGGAAAGACGACGAGAAGAGCUAGGCUGCAUAUAAAAUAUAUUCUGUUAUAUAUAAUAGAAAAAUCCCCAAAGGCUCUGGUCAGAGCUUCUUGAAUUGCUAUAGAAAAAGUGAUGCGGUUUUUGUCUUUACAUUACACACAAUAAAACUGGCUGGCCAGUAUUUGUAUAUUCUACUAAUCUUGUGAAUGUUAAACUUUGUAAAGAUGUUUGAAUGUAUGUUAGUCGAUCACAUGUGAACGGCUGAAUGGAUUUGAAUGAAAUUUGGUAAAUGGGUAAGUUAUAUAUAUAUAUAUGUAUAACUUUAAAAUUAGGAUAUAACUGUUUGUACAUCAUUGAUACAUAGAAUAUAUAUAUAUAUAUAUAUAUAUAUAUAUAGUAAUAUAUAUGUAAAAUAUGCAAGUAUAUAUUAUUAUAUCAGGUGGCUCAGGACCGUUCCUUAUGGCAGUCUAUGGGGGAGGCCUAUGUCCAGCAGUGGACGGAUAAUGGCUGAAAUGAGUGUUGUAUUAAUUAUAUAUAUUAUAAUAUAAAUUUAUAUACCUUUAUAUAUAUUUAUUCUAUGUACAAAUGAUGUACACGGUUGUGUACUGUCCCAAACUGUCAUAACAUCAUUUGGGACACUGAUUGUUGGAUCAUCGUUGUUUGUAAAAUUGUAUGGAUAUUGAGACCGAUUCUGACGCGCCCUUUUCUUAAUUUUCUUUUGAUAGUUUAUACAUUACUGUAUUAUGGACAAUCAUAGAUUAGAUUUAUAACAAUUUUAAUUUUAAAAUACAUUAGAAAUUUACCCCUAUUAUUUUAGUUUAUUCAUAAAAACGUUAAGUCUCAUACACUUAUGUUAACAGUCGGAACUGUUUUGUCUCUUUCUUCUGUGUAAAAUUCCCAAUUUGAAAGUAAGUGACAAUAUUCUUGUCAAGAAUUCUUGAAAUGAUUAAGAAGCUGGGGAAGAAUUGAAUUUUAAUAUUGUAUUGUCGCCAUUUUUAAUUUCUGCUCCGUGAAAUUGUGUAUACAUUUGUGGUUAAUAUUUAUUUAUUUACACUUUAUUGCACCAAGUAAAAAGAGAAAUAACAAAUACAGUAAAUAUUAAUGAGAAGUGAUACAAAAGGCGGCCUUAACGCUAAGCAAUCUCUUCCAGACAACCUCAAUCCGGGUCUUCUUGCCCGCCUUUAAUAGUGUAGGCGGGUGAGGUAGGGGUCUCGGGGUAAACCCCUUUACCCCGGCUGCAUCACCGGAGGCAACUACCUCCGGGUCACUGGGUUUUGAGCCGGCAUACACUGGUGGUCUGUGUAUGCCGGCCAGACAACCUUUGGGUAGAGGACAUUGAGAAAAAGACAAAGGGUAGGUGGCGCACGUAUAUAUAUAUAUAUAUAUAUAUAUAUAUAUAUAUAUAUAUAUAUAUAUAUAUAUAUAUAUAUAUAUAUAUAUAUCGUAUAUACGAGACCAUGUUUUGAUUUUUCUUUGGUCUCGGAUUUCUUCUGAUCAGAAAAUGAUGGAAGCGAUUAAUAAUUUGUUAAGUGUGUCCGCUGCACCGAAGUCUCUAUCUUUUACUUGUGUUUGGGCUCAGCUAAACAGUUGCACGUCGACCCAUUGGGAUCUUGUACAUCCCUCUGUCUUACAUACGUACACAUAUCUGUCACGCUUGUCUCCCAAUAAGGUAGACAGAAACAAUGGAACGUCAAAUGCUUCGAUUCAAACAAGCAUUUUAUAGAUCCUAUGCAUUACCUUUACGAUAUCUCGCGGUUUAAGAUAUCUCUAGUCCCCUGGCUCCGGAUAAGCCGUUCCCAGUAGACUCAUACGCAUACUUGCCAACGAAUCGUAGUUGCACAUCAAGUGUUCCAUGGAUUCCGAUUUCUCCCCGCACAGUCUGCACAGUGUGUCCGAAGAUAGACCCAUCUUGUGUAGUAUAUGCCUUACUGGCAUAUCACUGGCAUGUUCAGUUAAGGCACCCAUUAUAAGUUUUGCCUGUUGUCUGCCACCGCUGUAGAUGAGUUUAUUCCAUCCCUCAGUCUUGUUGUUUAAGAACUUUUUAGAAUUUUUUUAUACAACUUACGAGUGGCAAACAAGCUGACGGCCCACCUGAUUUAACAGAGCAUACUGUUUCGCCCAUGAUACCCCCCAUGCGUUGCCAUUCCUGAGGACUCAGAUGUUAUUUCUUUGUACCCAGUAAAUUCACGCCAUAUCCCACCCUUCAAACCGAAACACAGCCAUGCAAACACAAUUGCUUCACGGUUGAAACACGAAUGGGACAGAGGUACCCAAGCAAUCGACUUUUGUACAAAGUCUCCCUCUGGUAAUGCCUGAGACCCUUCAAUUUUUUCCAUUCCUUUUGCUGUUUUAUUUUCGCAUAUUUCAAGGGCGUAGUUUACGACAUUUGAGGCAAGUGUGACAUAUAGUUCACAUGGCUGUUUCGCUUUGAAUUGUGAAAUAUGGUAGUGAAACUACAGGGCAAGGAGGCUUAACACCAUAGUCCUCAGGUAUGGUAACCAUGGGUGUUACUUCUGUUCAUGAUGCUUUAUGUGUACAGGUGAAGAGUUACUAUUUACCAUCAGGUUGGUAGUUUUGUUUGUCAUUCUAAGUAUCAUGAGAAAAGAUAGAAAUAAUGAAAUUUAGAAGCUGAAAUUUAGUUUUAUAAUUGAAUUAUUAACGUAAGUUCGUUAAUUUUUUUUUAUAAUGUGGUCAAUAAAGAAUAAAUAAAUAAAUAAAUUAUGGUGGAGCGGACACAUUAAAAUAUGUUUACGGAAUAUAUUCAUGUAGGUGUAUUAUUCUAUGCUAUUAAUUGUACAUUGUGUUAUUUAUAAGUUAUCGAGAAAAUAAACAUUUUUAAUAUUA